GGAAGUGCAAUCGAUCCAUAAUCGCUUCGCCGAGCGACUGGGGAUUCCUCUGAUGCGUGUGUGCAUAUAGGCUACACGCACGUAUACUCUUUCUCUUCGUCGGCAUUUUACGGUCUUCGACCUCCGCGCGCAGCAUCACGACGCGCUGUGUCUGCGUGUGUGAUUCCCCCGCUGAGCGCGAGAGACGGCCAGUGCGGCAGUGGUUCCCCGCGCGAGCGUAUGUAUCCCGGCCGCAGUGUGACUCAGGCUGCAUGCGAAUGGAUGGAGGAACGCUGGAGGCGGCGCUUCGUAUAUAAACGCUUUCACGAGGCGAACAUGGCACAGUCCGAUCUGCACUCGACAGUUCAGAGUUACUUCUAGCACAGAAACUCAAGAUGAAAGCAGCCCUCGCACUUCUCGCCUUUGCGGCUACGGUCAUCGUAGUGUCUGCCAACAUCAGGCCCAGGCCGACGGCGAGACCGCCGUACAUAAACCGACCGCCAAAUCCGUUCAAGCCCCGCUGGAAGCGUGAAGCUUCUCCGCAGAAUGGACACAUUAGCGUUACUGGAAGCAAGGACCUCAGUGGCCCGGAGAGACGUCCAUCUUGGAAUGUCGACUACCAGCACAACAUCUGGCAGAGCAAGAACGGCCAGAUCAGCGCUGGAGGUGGUGCCCAGAAGCUGCCAGGCCAAAGAUGGGAACCCACGGUUGGAAUUCAGGGAAGCUGGCGCUUCAAACGUGAGGCCAACCCUGGUGACCAUGGUUCCGUCAGCCUUACGCAAAUCAAGCCCCUCAGUGGACCUGAUAGACGACCUACCUACAACCUCGACUACCAGCACAACAUUUACAAUGGCAAGCAGGGCCAGAUCACCGCCGGAGGUGGUGGUACAAGACUACCCGGUGGUAGGAUAGAACCCACUUUUGGCGCCCACGCAACCUGGAGGUUCAAGCGCGAAGCUUCUCCGCAGAACGGACACAUUAGCGUUACUGGAAGUAAGGACCUCAGUGGCCCGGAGAGACGUCCAUCUUGGAAUGUCGACUACCAGCACAACAUCUGGCAGGGCAAGAACGGCCAGAUCACCGCUGGAGGUGGCGCCCAGAAGCUACCGGGUCAAAGAUGGGAACCCACGGUUGGCGUUCAGGGAAGCUGGCGCUUCAAACGUGAGGCCAACCCUGGUGACCGCGGUUCCGUCAGUUUCACGCACAUUAAACCCCUUAGUGGACCGGAAAGACGUCCAACCUACAACUUUGACGUCCAGCGUAACUUCUACACUGGCAAGCAGGGCCAGUUCACCGCUGGAGGUGGUGCUACGAGACUCCCUGGUGGAAAGAUAGUACCCACUUUAGGCGCAACCUUCCGCUUUUAGAGGAGCGCAAAUCAACAACGUCACGUGGAGUAAUCGGCAAAACUGCACGAUAGUCGGCGUUCAAUAAGUUUCAAAACCAAUUCCCAAGUUUCUUUCAUAAAAACAAACAAACCAGCGAGAUAAGAAGUAUGAUAUUGGAACUGCUCGAGAGUGACUAAGUUGUUUUCCGAAAUCAGUUUGUGCGUGUCAGCUGUGGCGGCCUAUAGAGCGUAAACGUGACCGGAAUGCUUCCCGUCAGCCGUGAGCCAUCCAUCAUCGUGUGGCGGCAAUACGUCCAGCAUUUGACGGAAAGCCACUCGUCCCUGGCUGAAAGUACCAACAGGCAUGCUGCGUUUGGAAAAUAAAAUAGUCACGAGUACCAACAGUGCGUCAUUCAAUAGUGAGACUAGCUUGUAAUCCAUUGUAGUUGUACACCCAUUACAACUUCAUCCGUUAUAGUGAGAUUAUUUUAUAAGGAACCUGUAAAUAAUAUACCGUUCUCUUGCACUCUCGCAAGAGGACAGCCACUAACGAUCUGUACACUUGAACCUAAUUUUCUGAAUAAAUGCUAUUUAUCAAUAAAAAAAAUUGUUUUCGAACUUA